AUGGAAUCUGGAAGUGGCAACGGGGAUAGUGAGGUUCAGAGAACCAUGCUGGAGCUUCGCAAUCAACUUGAUGGAUUUGAAGCAUCUAACAAGAUAAAAGUGUUGAUGGCCACGAAUAGAAUUGACAUUCUGGAUCAAGCAAGGCCAGGAAGAAUAGAUAGGAAAAUUGAGUUCCCAAAUCCCAAUGAAGAGGCUGUUUGCACAGAAGCCGGGAUGUUUGCUUUGAGAGAGAGGAGGGUUCAUGUGACCCAGGAGGACUUUGAAAUGGCUGUUGCUAAGGUCAUGAAGAAGGAAACAGAUAAAAACAUGUCUUUGAGGAAGCUUUGGAAAUAA